ACAAGCAAAACAAACUAUAAAUAAGAUCCUUAAGCCUAUGCUUAUCCAUGCCUAUAAAAGGUGGCAGAGAAGAACAUUAAGUGGAAGCAAAGUUGCUUGAGCUCUUUCCCGCCACUCUUCUCUAUGGAAAUCUUAAGCUCCAAGUUCUUCUUCUUUUCAACUCUCUGUCUUCUCUGCGCAUUUACCAACGCCGCAGAAAUUCGCUAUUGCGAUGAGAACGCUGACUACGAGGUUUCGGUCAAAGGGGUUGAGAUAUCUCCUGAUCCCCCUGUAAGAGGCCAGCCUGUUACAAUGAGCAUUGAUGCAAAUACUGUAGCAUUUCAUGAUUCAGAUAAAUUAUCAAAUGCGAAGCUAGUGAUUGGUGUGGUGAUUUCCGGAGCAUACAUACCUAUUGAGACUCAUGACCUUUGUGAAGUUACGAGUUGCCCUGUUUCCGGUGGUGAUUUCGUCAUUACUUAUUCACCAGUUUUAUUUCAAAUCUAUCCACCUGCUAGAUACACUGUGCAGAUGAAAUUGCUCGAUGGAAAUAACCAGUUAACUUGCUUCGAAUUUGAUUUUACUCUUGCAUUGACAUGGGUUGUUUAAGUCUAUGAUCAGGAACAAAAUCAUUGUAUUAUGUUAUAGUUGACUCUUCAUUCAGUUUAUUUUCUUAUGUGUA